CAUUGUUUUGGGGUCAAUGGAUUCCAGCUUGGGGGAUUUGAGUUGACCCAACUUAACGGCAUUGACACCGAUGUCCCCAACACCUCCACUGCUGACGUCACCGCUCCCAGUGGAUCGAAGAUCCCCAGUCUCAACAUCUACAGGAUCUCCAGCCCCAAGACCGACCUCAACAUCUCUGCCCUCCAAUUCUCUGCCUGCACAAACACAAACACACCCCACAUCCCCACCACCACCCCAUGGACCUCUCAGAACACCUCGGAGACUAAACACCGCUGGGGCUACCACUGCUACGAUGACUUCUCCCCAACCCAGCUACGCUUCGUUCUCCCGCUACGCCUCAAGCUCUUCCUCGUCCUCUUCCUCCUCCCCUUUGCCAUCACCGUGUUCUGCUACAUCCGCCCCAUCCGUGCCCUCCUCACUCGACCCCACAUCCCUCUGCAGAAGAAGUACCGCACCGUGGGGCUGGCCGUGGCCACCAUGGUCAUCUUUGGGGUCUGCUUUGGACCCUACAACCUCUCGCAUGUGGUGGGCUUUGUGCAGCAGCGCAGCCCCACGUGGAGGCCCUACGCUCUGCUCAUCACCACCCUCAGCCCCGCGCUCGACCCCUUCAUCUUCUAUUUCUCCUCCAAUGCUGUGCGGAAGGCGGUCAGUGGGGUGGUG